UAAGUACCAAAGACGGAAGGUACCGUUUAAAGGGAGGAAGAUUAUCAAGAAAAGAAGCCCGCCCAAGUCAACAGACCCUACUCUACUACCAUACGUACAUUCACAUUCACAUUCAAUGAUGAUGCCUUCUCCUUCUCCCUCUCCCUUUACAACAACAAUUAUCGCCGCCGCCGCCGUGCUUGUUAUUCUGGCGUGCUCCGCCGCCGCCUCGCACGAUGAUACUGGUGGUCCUCUCCCAAAAUCCGAUGUGGACCUCCUGGAGUUCCCGCUGAACCUGGAGUACCUGGAAGCCGAGUUCUUCGCGUGGGGCGCCCUGGGCCGCGGCCUCGACCAGCUCGCCCCGGAUCUCGCAAAGGGCGGGCCGCCCCCCGCCGGCGUGAAGCAGGCCAGCCUCAGCCCGCUCAUCAAGGACAUCAUCACGCAGUUUGCCUACCAGGAGUUCGGCCACCUCAGGGCCAUACAGCACGCGGUGAAGGGGUUCCCGAGGCCGGCGCUGAACCUGAGCGCGGAGUCGUUCGCGCGCGUGAUGGACGAUGCGUUCCAGAGGCAGCUGGAGCCGGCGUUCGACCCCUACGCGACCGACCUCAACUACCUCAUCGCAUCCUACGUCGUCCCCUACGUCGGCCUCACCGGAUACGUCGGGGCCAACCCCAAGCUCCAGAGCCCCGCCUCCAGAGAGCUGGUGGCCGGAUUGCUGGGAGUGGAGUCCGGGCAGGACGCCGUUCUCCGCGCACUGCUGUACGAGCGCGCCAACGAGAAGGUGGCGCCGUACAACUACACGGUGGCGGAGUUCACCAACCGGAUCUCCGGGCUGAGGAACAAGCUGGGGAAGAAGGGCGUGAAGGACGAGGGCCUGGUGGUGGAGGCGGCGCAGGGCGCGGAGGGUAAGGUGGAGGGCAACGUGCUGGCCGGAGACCGCUACUCGCUGGCCUUCGGCCGUAGCCCGCUGGAGAUCCUCAGAAUUGUGUACGCCAGCGGGAGCGAGGCGGUCCCCGGCGGCUUCUACCCCAAGGGCGCCGAUGGCCGAAUCGCAAAGUCGCAUUUAGACUCUCCACCAAAAAUCAUAAAACGUUUUCAGCAGUAGGUAAGGUAGCAGUAGGCUGUAGGCUUAAUAAAUUAGCCUGAUAAUAAAUAAAUAAAUAAAUGGAUGCUCAAUUUUAGCAUGGCGUGGCGUGUGAUGCACCUGCUGCACAGCACAGCACAGUACAGUACAGUACCGUACCAUACACACUCAUAUACAUUACAUGUCGUUCUAAUUCUGAAUCAGCAAAAGCAAUAUAUAAUAUAAUAAAUGAGUACUUACUUGUGUAA